GGUAGAUAUUGAGUGAACGACAACAAAUAUAGAGACAAAAUAAACUUGCUAAAAGCAGAUGGUUCUGUCGAAAACAUACUUUUGUCCUAAUGCUCGCACCUCGACAAGUACCAAAGAUCGAUCGCUCGUCAUAAUCCCGAGGCUAAACAUUCAACUAUUAUCAGAACGUUCAACCAGCUAGCAGUUAAUUCCGAGCUUGGAGAGUAAUAGAAAUCACUUAAAGGGUAGACACAGAGCGGAGACUGUGGAAUAUAUUUGCUUAACCACUUAAGAACUGCGAAUGGCGUGACCGCUUAGUAUUAGUGUAUGAAGUUUGGAAGACGACACUGGUGCUAAAUGCGUCUCUUUAAAGAUGUCUAAUGGAUUAUUUACUUCCUGCUGAGAAUCAGUCUGUUUGAUAUCUAUUUUAUCUGGAAAUAGGAGUUAUAAGUGAAACUUUUUGGUGACAUUUAAAACAAUGGAUGAACAUCCGACUAUGCCGUCUUUGAAGAAGGAGCUACUUCCCUUGCCGGACCUAUCCAGGCGACGGUCUCAUUCGGACGCCUCUCAGUACAGACAAACAAGACGAAAUUCCAAAAAUACUAUUCCUGACAUCAAAAUCACAAACGAUGACUCUUCAGAGUUAAGUCUGGAUGAAAUAGAGGACGAAUUUGAGCUUGAUUUUACCCUUCCAAUGAGACCAAGGGCCAACACUUGCCCCAACGACCUGUUUCAACGACCCAAAUCAAACCGACCGCCCACCCCGCCCCCGAUAGAGGGCAAAAAAUUAACCUGGAAAGAAAUGACACAGAGUCCAAGACACGAAAAGGUGACAUUUGCAAAACAUAAACUUACCAAAGUUUCCGAAGACACAGAAGACAAAUUCAAACCGGAAAUAGUUCUAACCAUCACUGAAAUGAGCUCUUGUGCGUCUGAAGGUGCUAAAGUCAAUGGUUCCGUUUCUCCAUCUUUAACCAGGACAAUUGGAUUAUCAGAAAAUGGAUAGUAAUUUUAUAGCUUUUUUGACGACGUUAAUACUGUUGUUUUUGGAAUACAUUGUAUAUGCCGAUUCCGGUUAAAUUUUUUGUUUUCCGAAAUGGAAUAUUGAAAAAGACAUGGUAUUCAUGAUCGGAUUUAUCUUUAUACAUAUACUUAAACCAGUGACUAUUAGAUGUAAGUAGUGGAACAGAACGGUAUAAAUAUACCUACUUUAUUUUUUUAAAUAUUGCCUGAGUGUUUAUCAAAUAAAUUUAAGUAAAAGAUAA